AUGUUUGUUGCCCUCUCAGGACCGCUCGUAUCUCGUUCUGUUCGCUUCGUGUCCGUAGCAGCAGCCCGUCAAUUUUUCCCUCGCACCUGCGGCAUCUACCGCAGCACCAUUGGCGGCUCCAGAACACUCAGUAGUAGCAGCAGGAACAGCAGGAGGAUGGCAUCCGCAGCAGUAGCUAAGGGGGCCGCAGGCCGCAGGGCGGAGGCCGGCACGGCCCACACCCUUGGUGCCACUGGACACAUUGGGGGACCCUUCACCCCUACUAAGGAUGCUCCAUUUAUAAAGAGGCGGCUGGAGGUAUUCCAGCGCCUCAUGGCGAAACAGCAGCAAGACAUUAAAGGAAAAAGCCAUGAAAAGAUUACUAUCGAGUUGCCAGACGGCAGCAAACGUGAAGGCGUUUGCUGGGAAACAACUCCAAUGCAAGUUGCAGCAGAGAUUUCCAAGGGCCUUGCUAAUGCAGCGGUCAUUGCCAAGGUAGCCUAUGCGGAUAGCGCUGCUGGGUCUUCGUCUAUGCUGGCAGCAGCCGACGAUGAGACAACAGGUGCGGCUGCAGAAGAAAGCUGCUGCGGUGGCGACGAGUCGGAGGCGGAAGCUGAGCAUGAAAACAUCCCCUGGCAGCUUUGGGACAUGGCGAGGCCUCUUGAGGGCAGCUGUAAACUACAGAUCUUGAAAUUCGAUUCGCCGGAAGCCCAAAAUGUAUUCUGGCAUUCUAGUGCUCACAUUUUAGGCCAAGCAUUGGAGUGUGAGUUCGGUGCGCUGCUAACUGUGGGUCCUGCGUUGAAGCCCGGCUUUUACUACGACUGCUACAUGGGCCAGAAGAGCCUGAGCGAGAGUGAGCACGGGGCUCUGAACGCUGCGGCUCAGCGCAUUGUGUCGGAGGCCCAACCUUUUGAGCGUUUGGUCUGCACGAAGGAAGAGGCUCUUGAAAUGUUCGCAGAAAACCCAUUCAAGGUGGCCCUGAUCACCACAAAGGUGCCAGACGGGGGCCUCACUACGGUUUACCGCUGCGGGACCCUCGUUGAUAUCUGCAGGGGCCCUCACCUGCCCACGACGGCUCUUUGCAAAUCCUUCUCGGUUACCCGGCAUAGUGCUGCGUACUGGUUGGGUAACAGCAGCAACGACAGCCUGCAGCGUGUCUACGGCGUUUCUUUCCCUGAGAAGAAACAGCUGAAGGAGUACCUGGAUCUGUUGGAGAAGGCCAAGGAAAGGGACCAUCGUUUGCUAGGAAACAACUUGUCUCUGUUUUUCUUUGAGCCGACAGUGUCGGCCGGGUCGGCCUUUUGGCUCCCAGAGGGCGCAAAAGUGUACAACAAGCUGAUUGAGUUUAUCCGCAAGGAAUACCAGAUAAGAGGCUUCAAGGAAGUCAUCACCCCCAACAUCUUCUCCUGUGACCUGUGGAAGACCAGUGGCCAUUAUGACAAUUACAAAGAAAAUAUGUUUCUCAUGGACGUAGAGGGUAAGGAGUGGGGUCUGAAGCCUAUGAACUGCCCGGGCCACUGCGUCAUGUUCCGACACCUCGCGCCCUCCUACCGCCAGCUGCCUCUGCGCCUGGCUGACUUUGGAGUGCUGCACCGCAAUGAAGCUAGCGGUUCUCUUUCCGGGCUGACCCGUGUGCGCCGUUUCCAGCAGGACGAUGCGCACAUCUUUUGCACAAUGGAGCAGAUUGAGGCUGAGGUGGUGUCAGCCCUAGAGUUCCUGUUCUACGUCUACGAACAAUUUGGCUUCUCCUUCUCCCUAUUCCUUUCCACACGCCCAGCCAAAGCCAUGGGCAGCGUGGAGACGUGGAAACAAGCUGAGGCAGCACUCCGCAAGGCUUUGGUGUCUCUUAACAGGCCUUGGAAACUUAACCCCGGCGACGGAGCGUUCUAUGGACCCAAAAUCGACAUCCAGCUCUGGGACGCGCUUAAGAGGCCUCAUCAGUGCGGCACCAUACAGCUCGACUUCCAGCUGCCCAUUCGCUUCAAUCUUCAAUACAAAACGCAUGAAGAAACGGCAGCAGCAGCGGCGGCGGCAGCAGCAAACAAAAAGGCGCAAGCCACCGAAACCACCCCCAAAAUGAAUGGAGACGCAGCCAAUGGAAAUGAUGACAACCAGCAACGGUUCCAAGAGGGGCACCUUAAGCCUGGCAUGGCCAGGCCUGUCAUCAUCCACAGAGCUAUCCUUGGCUCUAUCGAGCGCAUGUGUGCUGUUCUGCUGGAGCACUCUGGCGGCAAGUUCCCCUUCUGGUUGUCUCCUCGCCAGUGUAUCGUUUUGCCGAUUUCAGACAAAGUUGCUCCGUAUGCAGAAAAGGUCAUGAAGGCGCUGCAGCGCGAAGGGUACGAGGUAGGCAUAGACCUUUCGAACAACACCAUUAACAAAAAGAUUCGAGAGGCGCAGCUGCAGCAGUGGAACCUUCUUCUGGUGGUUGGAGAGGCAGAGGCAGCGGCCAAGACUGUGACCGUGCGAGACAGAGCAGAUCCGAAACAACAGGAGUGCUUAUCUAUGCCUGAGCUUCUUGAGAAACUGCGCAAGCUCGCCAUGCCCUCGUCACAGCCGCCACUCGAUCUUAAUGAGUGGAAGCGGGAGGACGCUUGA